GAUUCCAUUCAGUCGCAUCGUGCCUCGUGUGCGGCAAAGAUGCCAGCAACUGCUCCUCGCGCUCGCAGCCUGUAAAAUAUUUUCACAUCUAGAAACGCAAAUCCUCCCACGUCCAUCUAAUUCCGGGCAUCAUGGGUCUGCGGGAGACCUUCCGUAGUCUGCGGCCAGAUGGUCCUGGUCGCGACAAAACAGGAACAAGCAUCGAGCUGCAGCGCCGUAGUCCCAGGAGUCCAAGGGGCGGGGUGUGCCACCACAACCAGGUGGCCGCUGUCCAGGUCACCGAGCAGUCUCUCCAGGUGUGGAGGGCCCUGCCCGCCGAGAUUCGUCAUGAUCCCAGCAUGGCCAGUUUUCAAAUGGAAAAUGAACGAAUUCAUGGUUCCUCCGUCGGAGUGAGCGAUGAUGACAACGACGACCCGGAUGGCUACGAUGAUGAGGAGGACAGGAGGAAUGCUAGUCGCCUGAACGACGAGCCGGGCUCCAGCUAUGCGGGUUCCGACUUUCUGGACAUCAAGACCAGGCCCGGGGAUGACAAUGUUACCGAUGACGAGGCCACCACCCAUUCCGACCACGAAACCGUCAAUGGUCCUGGAAACGCCAAGUCCCAGGCUCGCAGAAUCCAUCACAAGUCGAAGCGGUCCAAAGAGCAGCGUCAGAGGGACAAGCUCUGGAAGAGAGGCGGACUACUUGUCUUCUGGCUACUGGCUGCUGUAGUUCUCAUCACGGUGGGGGAGAAGCACCUGCUGGAGAAGACCAUAGAUGUACCACAAGGAGAGCAAGGAAAGGUUUUUCAAUUGCUGCAAAAACCCACUGGUGACUUUCGUCUAAAGGUUUAUGGCGCUUUUAGAGAACAAUCUGUUUUGGAUGCCACUGAAAAUGAGACUGUGAGCUAUGGGUUUCUGACAGUGCAGCCCCAGGUAUCGGCUUACAUUGGCGAGAAUCGGAGCAAAGUGUUUCAGGAUAUUCUACCAGCUUGGCGGCUGCCUUUGCUCUCCGAGGAAGAGCUAACACGUGCUCCCGCCGUGGCCAGCAAUCGCACCUAUGAGAUGACCCCGCAACUCAAUGAACUCUUGGCCUCUAAGGACAGCGAAUUUCGAUUGCAUAUCUACAGCGAUGUGGAGACGGACUUGGCCAUUAUCCUCAACUACAACCCUUUGAUAGUCAAUGCCAGGAUAGGUAGCAUCCUCGCCGGAUUGAUCCUGUUGAUCUUCUACGCACUGCUUGUAUGGGAACUUUUCGAGCGACCCUUUGUGGCCAUGAUAUGUUCCAUAUUGUCGGUGACGGCCCUUGCAUGUUUCAAUGAUCGUCCCAAUAUGGAUGAGAUAAUCCAGUGGAUGGACAUGGAGCUGCUAACCCUACUCUUCUGCAUGAUGUUAAUUAUAUUGAUUCUGACAGAGACUGGGGUGUUCGACUAUCUGGCGGUGUUCUGUUUCGAGAUUUCCGGUGGCAAGAUCUGGCCCAUGAUCUACAGUCUCUGCUGGGUCACCUGUGUGGUGUCCAGUGUGCUGGAUAACAUGACUACCGUGCUGCUCCUGACCCCAGUGGCCAUCCGUUUGUGCGAAGUCAUGCAGCUAGAUCCUUUGCCCGUGGUGAUGGGUAUCAUAGUCCAUGCCAAUAUCGGAGGAGCUCUAACUCCCAUCGGAGAUCCCAUAAGCAUUAUAGUCAGCACCAAUCACUAUAUUGUGGAGAAUGAUGUCACUUUUCUGACCUUCGUGGCCCACACGUUCCCAGGUGUCCUCCUGGCCGUUAUCCAGAGUUGUGUCUAUCUGCGUCUCUUCUUCCAUAAUAUCGAUGCUCUGCGUCGCAACGAGCCCAAGGAGAUGAGCGAACUGCGUAGGGAGAUCAAGGUCUGGCAGAGGGCUCUCAAUGCAGUAGCUUCCUGUUCCAAGGAUGCACAAUUGGUCAGGGGUACGUUGCAGGGAAAGGUUAAGCAGCUCAAGAGGACUCUUCGGAGAAUGCAAAAAGGAGUGGGAUCCUCGGAGGUCUAUACUAACACUUUGGAUGAACUCAAGCAAAAGUAUCCUAUUAAAAAUAAGACGUUGUUGCUCCAAUCCGCAGGAGCCCUGGUCUUUGUGAUCAUUUGCUUCUUCAUCCAAUCGGUGCCGCACUGGAGGACCCUGCCCCUGGGAUGGGUGGCUCUACUAGGUGUGAUUCUACUGCUGAUCAUCCUGAAUCGGGAUGACAUGGAGCACUUGAUGCACCGCAUCGAGUGGACGACGUUGCUCUUCUUUGCCGCCAUGUUCGUGAUGAUGGAGUGUGUGGAGCGGCUGGGAAUCUUCUCCUGCAUAGGUGACUUCACCGAACACGUGAUCCUCUCGGUGGGCAAGAGCCAUCGCCUGGCCAUGGGCAUCUUUAUGAUCCUGUGGAUGUCCGCCUUGGCCUCCGCAAUAUUGGACAGCAUCCCGGUAACCGCGAUGAUGGUGAAGCUGGUGACCUCUCUGGUGGCCAAGCCGUCGCUGGGUCUGCCGCUCCAGCCGCUGAUUUGGGCCCUGACUCUCGGGGCGUCUAUGGGCGGAAAUGGAACCCUAUACGGGGCUUCGGCUAAUGUCAUCGCUGCUGGCAUCGCGGAGCAGCACGGCUACAAGCUCUCCUUCACUCGAUAUCUCCGGACUGUGUUUCCCAUGAUGCUGGGACAGAUCGCCCUGAUGACCGUCUAUCUGCUGGUGGCCCACAUUGUUUUUGGCUGGCACUAAGACUCCCUCCGAAUUACACACAUAUUCUAUAUGUAUUCCCCAAUCUAGCUGGCCAUACGAAUCUAUUUAGUAAUCUCCAUGCAUAUAGAAAUGGAGAAUAUUUUUCACCUUGACUCUAUGGUUAUUUUGUGUGAGUUUUACUGUAGAUUUUGCUCUCUUUUACAUUCGUCUCUUGAUGUGUAUUUACUGUAUUUUUCUACAUAUAAGUAUUGGUAUAUCUAAGCGUUUAUUUGCCGUUGGCGAAUGUAUAAAAAUAUACAAGAAUUAUGAAGUAUAUAAACUUGAAAA